AUGUGUAGGGGAAUCAUUCUGCUAAAAUAUUUCACAAUACUAUACUUAAUCCUUGUCAUCCUUCUGCAGUUUUUUCAAACAUGCAGUGCUUGGAAGAGCAAACACUAUUGUCCCCCUUCUGCUUGUGGUCAUAUCCGUAAUAUAAGUUACCCUUUCCGCUUAAAGACCGAUCCAAUAUAUUGCGGUUUUCCAUUAUAUGAAUUAGCUUGUGAAGGUAACCAAACUGUUAUAUCGUUAUCCUCCAAGAAGUUGUAUGUGCAAGCCAUCAACUAUGAUAACCAGACACUUCGCCUAGUAGAUCCAACUUUACAAACACAAGAUAUAUGCUCUCUGAGACCUCGGCUUACCUUCCGACAAUACAAUAGAUUCUUUGACCCAUAUUAUUAUACUAAUGGAUAUAUUAAAAGAGUAGCAGAGCCUAUGUUCAUGUUCAACUGUCCAUUUGCUAUUAAUAGUACUUCUACAUUUGGCUGCAUAUUAAGCGGACACACUUUCUUAAAGAUUGGAGAAAUGAAUGCAUCUGAAGUCAUUGAUGGAUGCAGAGCAGAAUUUAUAGGGCUGACCUCUUGGCCUGAUAUUAAAGAUGACAACAACAUUUCCCUUUCUGAUUUUCAUCAAGCAAUCAGCUAUGGCUUUGAGCUCUCUUAUCUGAAACUGCGAUUUAAACAAAGGAUAAGUAAGGACUACAUGUUUGUUUACUUCUUCAAUUUUUUUUAA